AAACACCAACUGAUACCAUUGAAUAUCUUGUCCAGCCUGGUGUUACAAAGCUUCCGCAUAAUGUUCAGGCUCUUUAUAUUCAAUGUAUUUUAAAAAUAUAUGCAUAUUGGGCAAAUAGUUUAACUUAUAACUGGGACGAUGAUUCAAAACAGGAAUUACUCCGGUUCACGGCAGUAAUAAAAGAUAAAAUCUCGAUGUUUUGUUCUUGCACCGAUUUAGAAGUUCAAGAGAGGGCAUAUAAUGGACGAGAGAUAUUUUCAAUAAUCCAUCAAAAUUUGUCUACAAUUUCUGAAGCCACAUCAUUCGAUGAUAACAAUAAUAUAUAUACUACUACCAUUAAAUCUCCAAGUGUUAUUUCCGAGCUUUAUCCACUUUUUUUUUCUUACGAACUUAACCCUGUGGCUCCUAAAGCACAAAAAAAA